AUGGAAUAAUUCUCUUUACUCUUAUUUAACAUAACCUCUAAAAUUAAAUAUUCCUUUAUUAAAAUGCAAAUAAUAGUUAAAAAAGAAUAAGUAAUAAUUAAUAAUUAAUCAUUAAAAUAAAUAUCUGCCAUUAUAUUUAAAUAUUUUAGAUAAUCAAGAUGCUUUAGAAUGAAAUAUUUAUAUGAUAAAUUUGUUCUAAGUUAAUUCAUUUUCUAAUAAAUUAUGAUGAAAAGAAUACUAAGUAAAUUUAUUCACUAGUUUUCAAAAACAGAAAUAUAUCAAAAUUGUAUUUUCGAAUUCUUUAAGAGUAAUAACAAUGCUCUUCUAUGA